GGCGCAGAAAAGGGGGCGGGGGACUCGGCUUGUUGUGUUGCUUCUUCGGCCCGAGCACCGGCGACGGUCUUGCCGCGGCCGCCGCUCCUCCAGCCCCCCGACGAUGUCGUCUCAUCUCGUGGAGCCGCCGCCGCCCCUGAACAACAACAACAACAACUGCGAGGAAGGCGAGCAGGCCUUGCCUCCGCCCGCCGGCCUCAACAGUUCCUGGGUGGAGCUCCCCAUGAACAGCAAUGGCAACGAGAAUGGCAACGGGAAGAACGGAGGGCUGGAGCACGUGCCCUCCUCAUCCUCCAUCCACAACGGAGACAUGGAGAAGAUUCUUCUGGAUGCCCAGCACGAGUCGGGGCAGAGCAGCUCGAGAGGCAGCUCUCACUGUGACAGCCCUUCCCCGCAAGAAGAUGGGCAGAUCAUGUUUGACGUGGAGAUGCACACCAGCCGAGACCACAGCUCUCAGUCAGAGGAAGAAGCUGGAGAAGGAGAGAAGGAAGCAGAGUCUUUGAAGAAAAGUGCAGACUGGGUAUCAGACUGGUCCAGUAGGCCCGAGAACAUUCCCCCCAAGGAGUUCCACUUCAGACACCCUAAACGUGCUGUGUCGCUAAGCAUGAGGAAAAGUGGAGCCAUGAAGAAAGGGGGCAUCUUCUCCGCAGAGUUCCUGAAGGUGUUCAUUCCGUCCCUCUUCCUUUCUCACGUCCUGGCUUUGGGGCUGGGCAUCUACAUCGGAAAACGCCUGAGCACGCCCUCUGCCAGCACCUACUGAGGAAGGAGCCCCGGGAAUGCGCGUGGCCUGUGGAGUGGAGUGUUGUCACGUAGUUUAUCUGAACUUGAGACCAUUGUUAAUAAGCAUGACCUAACUUACCACCCUGUUUUUACACAUCCAGUUCCAGUAACUCUGAAAUCCAGUAUUUUCUCCAAACUCUGUUGAGGCAUUUUACUAACUUUGUUCCCUCUGGGGCCUGUAAGACACUUUAGAACUUCCUAACAGAAUUUCCUGUUGUUUAGAAAUUUGCAAGGGCUUCUUUUCCGCAAAUGCCACCAGCAGAUUCUAAUUUCGUCAACCAUGCUGUCGUCUCCUGUAGUACCCCCCAGAACCGAACCCGUACCAUUCAUGAGGGGAACUUGACUCUGGCCGUGUAACUACCACCUCUCUCACAACGAGAUCAGGGUAGAAAUGAUGCUAGAAAGAGCUUUGUUGUUUAGUUGGGGUUUUAUUUUCCAAGACCACCAGACAAGCUUCUCGAAGCUUGAAUUUAUAGUUAUUAAAAAGAAAACAAAAAAAAUGAAAAAAACAAAAAACAAAAAAGCAAGACACAAGAAAAAAAAUUUCCUGGGCAAUAAAAUCAUUUGAAACCAGCUUUGGAGCUGUCUUUUCUCAGCCUCCGGUGGCGCCUGCGGGCGGACGCAUGCGCAGGAGGCCGCGGUCCUUAGCGCCGGGAGCGGGGCGGCCCGCCGCGCUUGCCGGGCGUCUUUUCGGUGGCAGAGUCUGUAUUUCUGAUGAGGAGCAUCUCAGGCCUAGGUAGGAAAUGGCUUUGGAGGCGUUUGCGCGUAUUGGUAUUUUUCACGUGUUCCGCUGCAUGUGAAUUUUUUGUGCCCUUCCGUUUUCUUUUUUAGUUCUUCAUCUGUUUUUCUCUAAGAAGAGACUUGGAAAUGAUGAGUCCAAUGAGUUCAUGGUGUUAAUCCAGGCUUCUUGUGUUAGGAAGCUUCAGCGUACACUCUGAAGCCUUUAAACUCUGACGAAAUUCGUUUCGGAGUUCUUCCGAGCGCUUGUGUAACUUUGGAAAGCAGACUUGGGUUGUGGGAACAGGUGACAACAUUCUGGAAAGAUGCCACUCAUUCCCUUGGGGCCCCCUCCACCCUCCCCACGGGUCCUGCGGCCGCAGGGAGGGGCCUCGUCUGCAAGGCUGAGCUCUUGGUGUUCCGGAACACCCACAGAUCCUCCCUGGCCGACCUCGUUGCUUUCUGUAAUGUGAAGCUUUAGGACCAAAUCCUUCGAAAGCAGCAGGAUUUUGUGACUUCUUUGGGUAGGUUCUGUUGGGUCUCAGAAUCUAGCCUGGCUCUGCAGGGCACUCACUGCUCUGUGUUUCAUAUAUAGCGAGCGGCUGGCUGCUGAGUGUUUGGAGACCCAAUGUUGGGGUGAUCUCAGUCUCCCAGCACAGCAUCAGGCUAUCAGCUUUGCCCUUGGCAGAAACCAGCCCUUCCUGGGACCAGCCUUGUAACACUCAUGCCAGAAUGCAAAUGACACAGAGAAACAACCUUUAUUUUCUGUCUUUUUUUUUUUUUCAAGAAUAUAGCUGGCUGUCUUUAGGAAAGAUGAUAUAUCCCAAAUAGUUUUCGGAAUUACUUUUUCUUUCUAGCAUUUGAUGUCUGAAUACUUUUAUUAUAUCUUGUUUCUGUCUUACUCUUAGACCUGGUAACACUUGAUUUGCCUUCUCAAAUAUUUAUUUCAAGUGUUCAUAUUCAGAUUUCUUUGGGG